CUUCGUGGGAGGAGGCUGUUGCUUAGUGCCACGUUGAUGGAGACAGUGAGGACGUGGAAAUCUGUUCUGAGUCCACAGCCGGGACCCGGUAACCCGCCUCUCUACUCCUAAAUCCUCGAGCAGAACCGAAAGGGAUCUCCCGCGGCCGGCCGGACGUUGUGUGUAUUCGUGUGCCCCCGCUGUAUGUUUGCGUUCACGUGAGGACCGACGAAGAAGAAAAGAAUGAAACUUAAAGAGAUCAGCCGCUCAGCCAUCCAGAGCUGGAGUCCUGCACAGCACCACCCAGUCUACCUGGCCACAGGAACAUCAGCCCAACAGCUGGAUGCCUCCUUCAGCACCAGCGCCUCUCUGGAGUUCUUCGAGCUGGACCUGUCUGAGCCGUCUUUGGACAUGAAGUUGUGCGGCAGCUUCUCCUCUGCUCACCGGUAUCACAAACUGGUGUGGGGUCCUUCCAGUUUAGACACCCAGGGACACCCGUCCAGUGUCCUGAUCACUGGAGGGGAGAACGGUAACGUCAUUCUGUAUGACCCUGCAAGGAUCAUGGCCGGAGAGAGUGAUGAUGUCAUUGUUGCUGAGAGUGACAGACACACAGGUCCGGUCAGGGCUCUAGACGUCAACCCAUUCCAGACGAACCUGUUUGCAUCAGGAGGAAGCGAGUCAGAAAUUUAUAUUUGGGAUAUGAAUAACUUUGCCUCUCCGAUGACACCGGGACCCAAAACACAGCCUCAAGAGGACAUCAGCUAUGUGGCGUGGAACAGACAGGUUCAACACAUCCUGGCCUCAUCCAGCCCGAGCGGCCGAACCUCCGUGUGGGACCUGCGAAAAAAUGACCUCAUUAUCAAAGUUAGCGAUCACAGCAAUAGAAUGCAUUGUUCUGGGCUGGCCUGGAACCCAGAGGUGGCCACUCAGCUGAUUCUGGCCUCCGAGGACGACCGGUUGCCAGUCAUCCAGAUGUGGGACCUGCGUUUUGCUACCUCCCCUCUCAAGAUUUUAGAGCAUCACACACGGGGUGUUCUGGCCAUCGCCUGGAGCUUGGCUGAUUCUGAUCUGCUUCUGAGCUGUGGAAAGGACAGCAGGAUCCUGUGCUGGAAUCCAAACACAGCUGAAGUGCUGUACGAGUUGCCCACCAGCAGCCAGUGGUGCUUUGACAUCCAGUGGUGCCCCAGAAACCCCGCCGUUCUAUCAGCUGCAAGCUUUGAUGGACACAUCGGCAUCUACUCCAUCAUGGGGGGCAGCAGCCAGGCACAGAGCCAGAGACAUGCUGACCAGAUCAGUAACUCGUUUGGGAAUAUGGAUCCUUUUGGGACGGGACAAAUGUUGCCUCCGUUACAGCUGCCUCAGACUGCUGCCCCUCCAGCUGUGGUCAACCCCCUGAAGAAACCCCCUAAGUGGAUUCGUAGACCCAUGGGAGCCUCAUUUGCUUUUGGUGGGAAGCUGGUGUCUUUAGAGAACCUGAAACCUCAGCACCCAUCUUCUCAUCUCGUUCACAUCAGUCAGGUUGUCACAGAAACGGACUUCUUGAAACGCUCCAAUAAACUGCAGGCCACACUGAGCUCAGGCAGAUUUGUGGACUUCUGCCAGGAGAAGAUAGAUGCAGCUGAGAAUGAGUUUGAAAGAACUGUUUGGUCCUUCUUGAAGGCUAAUUUUGAAGUAGAAAUUCGUAGCAAAUACCUGAACCUUCUGGGUUACAACAAAGAGGAGCUGGCCGUGAAGGUUUCAGCAGCUUUAAAGGAAAAACCAACAGAACUGGACGUUUCUGCUCCCGCCUCUCUGCAACCAUUAGCAGAGAAAAGCCUGGCGCCGCCUGCUGACACUCCGGAGACAGUGUUUGAGCUGAUUGCUGCUGCAAACCUCCAGCCAGCAGCCACUCCAGAGCCAGAGGAAACACUGGAACCAGAUGAUGUUCCUGACUGCGAACUGGAUACAGAUCUGAACCAAGCUCUCACUGAGGAGGAUGUAGACGAGAAGCAGGAGGAGAUUCCACUGAAUGAGGAAAUUCCAGCCCUGGUGGAGGUGGAGGGGUCCAGUCCUGUUAAGACUCCAGCUGAGAUCCCAUCUCCAGUUCUAUCUCCUGCAAGAAGAGUCAGCCUCAGCAUCAGUCAAGAUGUGGAUGGCCUGAUCACGCAGGCUCUGCUGACCGGAGACUUUGAGGGAGCCGUAGAGCUUUGUCUUCGUGACAACCGAAUGGCAGACAGCAUCAUUCUGGCUGUCGCUGGAGGGGUUGAACUUUUGAAGAAAACCCAGAAGAUGUAUUUCACAAGAACUCACAGCAAGAUAACUAAGCUGAUCAGCGCCGUGGUCAUGAAGGACUGGCGUGACGUCCUGAACACCUGUGAGCUGCAAAACUGGAAGGAGGCUCUGGCUGCCGUCAUGACUUAUGCUCAGCCCGAGGAGUUCUCGUCUCUUUGUGACCUUCUUGGGGACAGACUAGAGGCAGCAGAGGAUCCCCAGCUGAAAUCUAAAGCCUUUUUGUGUUACAUCUGUGCUGGGAACAUGGAGAAGCUGGUGUCUUGUUGGAGCAGAACGCAGGACAGACAUUGUCCUCAUUCCCUGCAGGACCUCCUGGAGAAGGUGAUGGUGUUGUCUCGUGCAGUGGAACACACUCAUGGCUAUUGUCCUGAGGCUUUUGGCAUCCUGCUGGCUGAGAAGAUGACCCAGUACGCUAACCUGCUGGCCUCACAAGGCUGUCUGUCCACUGCCAUCACCUACCUGCCCAGCAACACCAACCUGGUGACUGUUCAGCAGCUCUUUGACCGCCUCAGUCAGGCUCUGGGACAGCAGGUACCGACCCACAAGGGUCAGCCUCAGCUGCCUGCCCGGCAGGCCCAGCAUCAGUCCACUCUGGUUCAACCGGCUGUGGAGUCUCAGCCCACUGCAGCUGCUCAUGUUCCUGGAGCUACACCUGGUUCUGCCUCAGCUCAGUACUUCCAGCCGGUGAGGGCUGCCUCAACUGUCACCUCCUGGAGCAACCAAACUCCCACAGCCCUCCCCACUGCCCCCCCUCCUCCUCUGCAAGUAGGCAGCACCUCAGAGCAAAAGGUGGAAACUUCAAACUACAACGUGCCAGCAUCCAGCUCAGCAGGAGCGGCCCUGCAGGCCCCUUCCACUCCUGCAUACAUGUACUCCCACCAGUACCAGCCCUGCCCCCAGGUCAACCAGUACUCACCUGGAGCUGGAGGAGCACCGAUCUUCCAGCCUCUUCAGUACUCCUCUGUUGCUGCUCCUCCUCAGUCUCCUCCUGCAGUGCCUUCCUUAACUCCUCACCCUCCUGGUUUCCUCUCUCAGUACACCCAGCCUAUCCCAUACCAGCUGGUACCGCCUCACUAUCCGGGACAGCCUCCCACCACCUUGUGCUCAUCCUCUCCUCCAUCACAUCCUCCUUACUUUCCCUCGUCCUCCUCUUUUCCUGCUCCUCCAUCCUCCGAAGGGUCUUUCCAGCAUGGCGGUCCAGGAUCUCCUGUGUCAUACAUGCCUCCUCCACCAGGCGGAGUCUCAGAGGCGUUCAGUCCUGUUGUUUGA